AUGUGGCCGGUAGUAGAAUUAGCGAACAGCCGUGAUGCGAUCGUCGCUAGCGCCGCCGCAUCGCGGUUCAGCGACGAUCGCAUCGCGAGAAGGGAGACGACGGGAGAGAAGAGCGCCAUCACUCGGCACCACGCCCCGCGAGCGGUAGCGUUCGGGAUUCCGGUCGCCCGUCGUUCCUCGAGCCAGCGUCAGCGACACGACGUGCUCCUGUCGCCUAUUUACACACCCAGUCACAAGAAAGUGCGAGAAAAUGAUCUCAAGCGCAUGUUUGCUUAA